AUGAGGGAAAAUAUGGAUGCAGUUAUUGCACAAUUGGCUAGUCCCGUGGGGUCUGUAGCUGAAAGUGCUACUGGUGCAGUUAGUAGAAAUUUUUUGAAAAAUUGUAUGACUACUGUAACGCCAUCUGAAUGGAUUUCUUUGAAAGCCGUGGCUACAACUCUUACAAUUUUAGUUCCCUUAAUUUUGGUAGUAACUUUCAAUGAGGAUGCUAGAUCGGUCGUUUUGUUCUGCUGGGCUUGUUUUAUCAAACCGCUGCAUGCUAAAUCUUCUCAUAGUGCUGAUAGUCAGCAAAAGAAUUUAGAGACUUUUUACAAAACUCAGGCAAAGAUUUAUGACAAGACCCGUGAAGUCUUACUAAAAGGGAGAUUCGAUGCUUUGCAAUUAGCGCAAUCGCAUUUGCCCAAUGAUCGCGAAGGUUUGAUUUGGAUCGACAUUGGUGGUGGAACUGGCUUGAACAUUGAAAAGAUGUCACAAAUAUGCUCGUUGACCGAAACUUUCCAAGCUAUUUACCUAGUGGACUUGUCUCCGUCGCUAUGUGGAGUUGCUCGUGAGAGGGCUGAGCGUUUGGGCUGGACCAAUGUGCAUAUUAUGUGUGCUGACGCUUGUGACUUUGAGAUUCCUCAACAUGAAAGUGCCGACUUAAUCACUUUUUCUUACUCUCUGUCUAUGAUGCCACCAUAUCAUGCAGUUAUCGACCAUGCCUACGAAUUAUUGAACGAACAACAUGGUGUCGUUUGUUCUGUGGAUUUUGGUGUGCAGUCCUCUGCGCAUGCCACCGGAAGAGUUAAUAAUAUCGGUGGGUUGGUCAAUUACCACAUUCCAUGGAUUUAUAGAACUUUCUGGAGAAUCUGGUUUGAAUGUGAUAAAGUUUAUUUGGAUCCUUCCAGAAGAGAAUAUCUGGAAUACAGAUUCGGGACUUUGAAAUCCAUUAACUUGCGUAACAAGACCUUGGGUAACAUUCCAUACUAUAUCUGGUUGGGUGUUAAUAAGGAUGAAGACCACAUGUUGAGUCACAGAUUCAAAGUCUUAGCUGCUAAGUCACCUUAUUUGGCUCCCGUCAACGAAACCUCUAACAACGCACACUAUCCAGCAAAUAAAGAAUUGGAAGUGGCUGCAACUAAUACCAGAAAGGGUUUGCCAUUUCCAUCGUUGUUCUACCAAAGAGAAAUUUGGAGAGCUUAUUAUGAUGAGUUGAGUCCUUACUAUGAACAAUUCAAAAACCAAUACAUCUACGCGUUCACCUGGGAAGACCCUAGGGAAGAUGCCAAGAUCCUAAACUUGACCAAAGAUGAUACUGUUCUGGCCAUCACCAGUGCAUGCGAUAACAUUCUGGCUUACGCUGCCUUACCAACUCCACCAAAGAGAAUCCAUGGUGUUGACCUGAACCCAUUCCAAGGUCAUCUGGCAGAAUUAAAAUUGGCAGCAUCUCGUUGUCUAUCAUAUGAGGAAAUAUGGGCUUUAUUCGGGGAAGGUAAACAUCCAGACUUCAAACAAUUAUUACUGUGCAAAUUGGCACCUCAUUUAUCUUCCAACGCAUUCCAAUACUGGAUGAACGAGGGACCAAAAACUUUUGACCCAAGCGGUUAUGGUCUUUACGAUACUGGUUUUUCGAGGUGGGCUCUAAGACUCGCCAGAUAUAUCUUUAAAGCAUUUGGUCUAACUGGUAAGGUUGAAGAAUUAUGCAAAGCAAGAACCAUCCGUGAACAACAACAGAUCUGGAACAAAUACAUCAGACCUGCCCUUUUCAACCCUAUUGUCGGUAAACUGCUAGUCGGUAACCCAAUCUUCUUAUGGAAAGCUUUAGGCGUGCCAAGUAACCAGGCCGAAAUGAUGGGUAGCUCCACGAUGCAAUAUAUCAUCGAUACCAUGGAUCCGUUGUUAAGCAGAUCCCUGAUCUCCACCGACAACUAUUUUUAUUACUUGACGCUGAACGGUAGAUACGCCAAGGACAACUGUCCUGUUUAUCUGAGGAAGAAGAACCACGAAAUUUUUGCUAGCAAGACAGACUCGCCUUUGGAUAGAAUCAGAUUACACACCGAUACUCUGAACAACGUCUUGAGUCGUUUAGCAAAGAAAUCUUUGACUGUCGCAGUUAUCAUGGAUCAUAUGGAUUGGUUCGACCCCAAUGGUGUUGAUGCUAUGCACGAAAUUUCGUCUCUACACAAUGCUCUCGAAAUCAACGGCAGAGUGCUACUGAGAUCUGCAGCAAAACAACCAUGGUACAUUAAAAAUUUCGAAGAGAUGGGUUUCUCUUGUGAACCAGCUGCCAUUAGACAUUCUGGCACCAGUAUUGACAGAGUCAAUAUGUACGCUUCCACAUGGGUUUGCAGAAAAACUGCUGAUGAAAAUGCCAGGCGUAGAAUGAGUUCACUAGAUCUCUCCAAGUAA